CGUCAGAUGGGCUGAAGCUCUUUGGAGCAACAGAUAUCUGAGCGGGAGACAGGAGAAGAAGAAGAAGGAGAGAGGGGAGCAAGAAAGAAAGAAAGAAAGGGAGGGAAACUUCCUUUUCUCUCUUCAUCCCUCCAGCUCCACAACACGCCGCUCACCUCCCACCUCCUCCCACCAGACACGGGGAUCCCCCAACUUUGAGGCUUUUCCCUCCUCUUCCUCCUCCUCCUCCCCCUCCUCCCUCUUGCGCACGCUGCGUUUAUUUUGCCCCGGAGGUUGGCGCGCGCGGCUUCCCGACUUCAAACCACGACAGCGGAGAGUGAGCGGCACCGCGGGCUGGAGACCCCGGACUGACCGCAGAGAUGCGGGGACUGCUCCCCCUGUCAGCCGCCUCUUCCCACCACCCCCGCCGGGGACACGCAGCUUUGACGAGAUUCUCUUGCGACUGGGUGCGUGAACGCAGGAGAGCGCGUGCAUGUGCCAGUGCGGCGCACAGAUGGAGCUGUGCGCUCCGAGUGUGAGCGCAAGCGCCGCAGACCGAGUGGCCGCGCUCCUCCCGGACCCCCGCCGCCCCCACCUCCACCCCUACCACCACCACCACCAGCACCAGCACCACCACCAGCACCACCACCACAACCAGCACCACCACCAGCACCAGCACCAGCACCGCCGCCGCUGCUGCGCCUCCCUGAUGUGAAGAAGAAGAAACCUCCGCGGAAAGUCCAGACCCCCGCCACCAUGUGACGAUUCUGUCUCCUCAAGGGAAUCACAGAGGGGUCAAGAGCCGAGAAGAGACGGUGUUGUGGGUGUAUGACCCCCCCUCCCCUCCCCUCCCCCUCCUCAUCCUCAGAGUGAAUCCAGGAUGGGUCCUGUUUGGCUUCUUCUUCUGCUCCCACCUCUCCUCAGAGCCCAGGUGACUCCAGACUUCACCUCAGGAGUCCUGGUGGAGGCAGACAACACCACUGACUCUUUAAUCAACAGCACAAGAACUUCAGACACCUCCACCCUCCCCUCAACCCUCCCGUCCACCUCUCUCACACCCCCACCGCCUUCUGGGUUUGCAGCCACACCUUCAGAAGCUCCCACAGAGCAGGAGGAUGACUGGUCACCAGCCGAGACCUUCAUGUACACCGGAGACCCUUCCCCUCUGGAGGAGGCUCGCUGCUCACGGGCGUACAGCUCACCGGGGCAGACCGGGUCCCUGCCCCCCAGCUUCAGCGCCCCCCUCCGUCCGGCUCUGGACGCACUUGCCAGCACUGCCAACUUCCUCAACAUGAUCUUCCAGGCCAGCGACCUGCGGGAGAGCACGGUGCAGGAGGACAUGGAGUGGUACCACGCCCUGGUCCGUGCCCUCCUGGAGGCCAACAUUCUCAUCCAGCGGGCCCUGCUCACCUUCGACGCUGACCCCACCGCCUCAGUGCCACAGCUGGUGCUCCACGCCACCCGCAACCCCGCGGCCAAGGUGCAGACCAUCAUCCUUCAGGACUUAUCCAAGGCCUGGGAGAGCCUGCACCCGCCCGCCCCGGCCCCCGACGACAGCUGGUUCACAAGCUUUAAAUUCCCAGAGUCCAACCAGCCGGUGGCAGCCCUGUCCAAGCGGGUGCUCCUCAAUGACCUCAGCACCUUGGACACGCCCAAGUGGGGGCAGGGUGACAGUUACGUGACCAAUCGCAGCGGGGUGCGCUGGGGCAGCGCCCCCUUCCUGGACUGUAAGGACGGACGCUUUGUGCCAGGAUGGAUCCUCACGCUGUCCACAUCUUUCUACGGCCUCAAGCCCGACCUGACACCUGAGUUCAGAGGUGUGAUCCGUGUGGACGUCAACAUCCAGGACAUCGACUUAAACCAGUGUACAACAGGAGACAGCUGGUUUGCUGAUACACAUCAAUGCAACCGCACCACCAUGGAGUGCAUGCCAAUUCCAGGCCGGGGCUUUCGACUGGGUCAGUACUGCUGCCGCUGUAAAGAGGGCUACUACAACCCUGAUACAGCCCCUGAGGACGCAGAUGGCGGCCCCGUGAACGAGACUGAAGGUGGCGAUAUGUGUUACCCGAACAUGCCCAUCUGUCUCCCGUGCUGGCCGGGCUGUAAGAGCUGUCAGGACGGCGCCCCCUGCUGGGUGCAGGAGGACUGGCUCCUCAGGGCCGCCGUUUUGGCCAUCCAGGGGGUCUUCAUGCUCCUCAUCUUCGUCAGCAUGCUGGCGGCCUACAGGCAUCGUCGCAACCGGAGGAUCCGGGCGUCCGGCCUCCUGCUGCUGGAGACGAUCCUGUUCGGCUCUCUGCUCCUCUACUUCCCGGUGUUCAUCAUGUACUUCAAGCCGAGCACCUUCAGGUGUAUCCUGCUGCGCUGGGUCCGGAUGCUCGGCUUCUCCAUCGUCUACGGCACCGUCACUCUGAAAAUGUACAGGGUGCUGAAGGUGUUCCUCUCUCGCACGGCCCAGAGAGUGCCCUACAUGUCCAGCCUGCACUUGCUGAGGAUUCUGGGAGUGAUGCUGAUGACGGUCAGCUGGUUCCUGUGCGCGUGGACGGUGGGCGUCCUCCAGAACCGCGACAGGAACAUCCCGGUGUUCGUCACCACCACCACGUCUGACGGACAGGGCUUCAACCUGUGCUACCUGGACCGCUGGGACUACAUGAUGGCCGUGGCUGAGCUCCUGUUCCUGUGCUGGGGGAGCUCCCUGUGGACCGCCGUCAGGCCCGUCCCCUCGGCCUUCCACGAACCUCGCUACAUGGGCAUCGCCAUCCACAACGAGCUGCUCCUCUCCUCCAUGUUCCACCUGUUCCGGUUCACCUUUCCCUCUCUGCAUCCUGAUUGGAUGUUGCUGCUCUCCUUCACGCACACCCACGUCACCAUCACGGUGACGCUCGCCCUGCUCUUCAUCCCCAAGUUUCUCCAUGUGUCUAAGCCUGGGAGGGAGGAGAUUGCGGCAGAGGUGUACGAAGACGAAGUGGACCUGCGGCGCUCGGGCUCGUACCUCAACAGCAGUUUUCACUCAGCUUGGAGUGAGCACAGUGUGGACCCGGAUGACUUUCGGGAUGAACUGAAGAAGUUAUAUACCCAGUUAGAAGUCCACAAGACGAAGAAGAUGACCGCAAACAACCCUCAUCUGUCAAAGAAGCGAAGUUCUCGCUGUGCACUGGGGAGGUCCAUUAUCAAACGCAUUGCUGAGAUCCCAGAAACCAUGAGCCGACAGUGCAGCCGCGAGGAGAAAGACGGAUCCUUCCACAGUAGAAGUGUGAAUAUGUCUGACUCUUUCAGGCUGAAGCCAGAUACCGUCAGUAUCAGUUACAAGAGUUCAAUGAAAUCCCGAACACCAUCACCAAGCAUGCGCAAGUCCCAGAGUGAUCAUCACUAUGUCAGGGAAAGAGACUCUUCGUUGCGUGACUCCAUGUUGAAGGCCAACGCUGUGAAGAGAUCCUCUCAGCGGUCGGAGACGGACUCCUUGGAUAUUCCACCAGGGGUAUGUAAGUCAGCCAGUGCCCAGAAUCUGACAAUUGAUACCAAUCUUCUGCAUCCUGAUCACACCAGGCUUCAUAAGUCCUGGAGUCUCACCUCCACGACCACCCACUCUAUGGAAAACAUACCUAAAGUUAACAGAGCCAGCACAGUGCUGACGAGGUCCAGGCAGAGCAUUUCCAUCAGCGACCAGACCAGGAGCGCUCUCCAGUCAGAGUCAUUUGACAAGGCCGAGGUCUGUCCUUGGGAGGUGGAGCAGGAACCAUCAGGCGACAAGAACCAGAAGCAUGUCACCUACGCAAACUCUGAGGAUGGUGAGGAAAAAAGGCCGCCAUCUCCACAGUCGCUUAUCUGUCCCUGGGACCAUUUACCACCCGUAGAAAGGACUCCUUCUGAGGACAAAGGACUACAGGGUGAAACCGAGUCGCCCAAACCGCAAGCUCCCGUGUCUGCGAGCGCACCGGGCUCUCCGAGACCGAAGAUCACAAAGGAUCAACGUGUCUUCUCCUUCCGCACCACCAGCAGCAGGUGGCUCUCGGUGAAAUCAAUUAUGGGAUCCAUGGAUGCAGGAAGCAGAUCCAGUAAGGAGGGGAAUUUAAACAUAGAGGAUUCUGUCUCACAAAAAAGUCAGGAAAGUGCUUCCACAACACCAAGAUCGGGGAGAUCUAGUAGACGUCCAAGCGUUGAGAAGAGGUCAUUGCAGAAAAGAAGUAUGACGACAAUAGACGGAAAACCAUGCCUUGUGAAGCAGAACGCAAUCAGACUGUCCUCUACGGAUUCCGCGGACAGAAGCCCAAGAAGGCUUGUGAUCGUAAAAUCUGCCGUCUACCCAUGGGACGUGGACGACGUGCAAAAAGAUGGCACCUAUGAAAACGUGUUUUUAUCAAGGCAAAACAGCAAACGUAACAGUAUAAGUUCAUGGGAAACUGCUAGCAGCUCGAGAACACCUUCAACCCACAGGAGAGGAAGUAAUCGAAUUACACCGGUCCGUAACGUUUCUCAUGCAGAUGUGUGUCCAUGGGAAGGAGCUGGUACUAUGCAGCAAGGGGAAGGACCAAAGAAGCAGCAGAGCAUUAAAGCAGAUGUUUGCCCUUGGGAAUCCCAGGCAUCGGUGUCUAAUGUAUGUCCAUGGGAAUCUCAAGAGCAAGGGAAUGUGAAAAGACAAGGAAGUGGUCGUGGUGACGUGUGUCCUUGGGAUUCGCAAGAUAUUCCCGUUAUUUCGCGUACGACUUUGUCCAGAGAUUCACAGAAACAAAAGUCUUUGAAACGUGCAGCAGACUUAUGUCCCUGGGAGACGGCAGAGACUCCCCAACCUUCAGUAAGACAAGAUAGUGAAUACGUUAACGUGUGUCCUUGGGAUGUUCAGGACAAGGCUGAAGUUGUAUAUGAAAACCUUAAUCCUACGGAGACCAAGGGAGCGCUGGGGGUGCCGCUUCGACAGGAGGUCAUGAAACCUGCCAUCUAUCCUGCAACGAAAGAAAUGCCAAGUACUGAGCAACAAUAUGCAAAAUCACCUGCCCUUAACUGGGGUAAACAAGUGAACAGGACAGUAGAAAGUUGUCCAUGGGAGUUCCCUGAUCCUCCAAAAAUCACGGAAAACAUUUGUCCAUGGGAAGAGGGAAGCAAAGAGCCAACAAAUACAGACCCAACUUCGCAAAUGACCAUCAAGGUAGAUGUUUGUCCCUGGGAAACUGGAAAUCAAGACAAACCCGAAGACUCACAAGGAGGUGUCUCGCCUUUGAAAGCUGCGUCGGUACAGUCUGAAGGGAAGGACAACACAAGAGUAAACAUAUGCCCCUGGGAAACUGAAGCUACCAACACAGUGUCAGCAGAUGUUUGUCCAUGGGAAACCGGGGAACCAGAAUCAGGAAAGCCGGAGACCCCGAAAAUAUCUGACAGUCAUAUGAAGCAAGACACAGCUCGGGAAAAUGUUUGUCCAUGGGAGUCGGACGAAGCAGGGGCAGUCAAAUCUGAAAUCUCAAAAUCAGAGAAACUGCAAAGACAGGGGAAUUCCCGGGAAAGUGUCUGUCCAUGGGAAACAGAUGCUCCAAAAGUUCUGCAAAAACAAGACAGCGCUCGGGGAGAUGUUUGUCCGUGGGAGACUGAAGAACCAAAAGUUCUAAAGAAGCAAGAUAGUGCUCGGGCAGACGUUUGUCCGUGGGAGACAGAGGAACCAAAAGUUCUCCAGAAGCAAGAUAGUGCUCGGGCAGACGUUUGUCCGUGGGAGACCGAAGAACCAGGAGUUCAAGACAGUACGGGAACAGGUGUUUAUUUGACAGAUCCACAAACGUCGAGCGAAGGCAGACUCGAAAUUCCCAACAGUGAGCAAGAACUCGUCACAGAAAACCAGGACCCGCGAAGUGUAGAAGAGUUUCCGGCUGACAUCAGCACAGAGGACAUAGAUGAGUCUAAAGCGAACUUAGCCCUGGGCCGGCGUGACGCUAUGUGUCCCUGGGAGAUGGUGAGGAGCAGAUCGGGUUCCUUCACAGACAAUGCCUCGGACGUUUUUACAUGGGAGCCUGAGAAUAUUCCAGAGGAGGAUGAAGAGGACGAUGCAGAAUGUGCCGCUGAGGCUCUCGUAUUCCCACCCGACUUGUGACCUGAAUCUAGCCAAUCGUUUAUUUGACCACCCCCCUGCUGAAUCAAGGGGAAUGAGAACUCUACUGAACCAUUUUGGCGGUACCCUGGGCUCAGGGAGGUCAGAGUGCAGGGGCAGCUCCCCUUGCAGCUGAAAGCCCCUUUCUGAUGGACAAGUACUGGAGUUAAUGAAACAUAAAACACAGCGUUGUUUUAUUUCAGGUUGGACCAAGACACAGUCCAACUAAGACACCUGUAGUAGAGACUUGAUGAGCUGGACACUUUGAGUUGUGCAACCCUGACUGAAAAGCACAUGUUGCAGACUCUUUACGUCCCUCAUUGAUCCAGCUGUGACCUACGAACAGACGUUUUUCUGAACGACGGAAGGGCAUCUAAGGCAAUUAGAUGAAGUCCCUUUUUUUCCUGCUUCUACCCCCCAUUAUAAAGUAAAAUGUUUUUUUUUUGUGUGUGUGUGUCUUUGUAUGUUUUUUGGUGACAAUUAACAUAUUUGCCAUGUAAAUGCAAUAUGUUGGACACAUGGCCCGGGGUGACUGUAUCAUGAAAUCUGAACUCAACAAGUCAACAGCGCUCGCAAACACAAAUAUUUCACAGGACCUGUGAGACGAAACUAAUCUCAACCAGCAUACAAACGAUAAAUUCAGUCUGAUUUUAUUCUUUUGUGGAAAUUAUAUUUUGAAAGUUUUAAAGAAAGCGUUAAGUGUCAAGCAGUGCCACCAGGAUUACACUACGGAUGUCAAAUUAUAUUUCAAUCAGGUAUUAAUGAUUGAUAAAACUAUGCAUACCUGUUUGCUUAAGUGGACUGAUUACUCUCUCUCUUUUGAUUCAGUCAUAAUAAUGUGAAAAUAACUUUCAUCCACACACAAAAAAAAUGCCAAAAACUGCAUAAUUUACCAUAAACUCAGACUUAUUCCCUAAUAAUUGUACCGUUGGAGCGGAGUUAAUACUGCAUAUUUCUUUUAUAUCCGACAUCUGUAGAAAAUCAUGUCACUGCUUUUUUUUAACGGGGAUGCAGUUAACUGGAAACCACUUUCAGAGGGAUGGGACAGUGAGAUUAAAAUAAAGUAGAAACAGGCUGUGAAGAUUACAGAUUUUUCAAAUGUCAAAUUGAAUUUUGCUCAAUCCAAAUGUCGCAAAUAAUGCACGUCACAGAUGUCAGGCCUCAGCUUCAAUGGAAAACAGGGCUGUUUCCCCAUUAGUUGAUCAGUUAAAUCAUUUCUAUUUAAGGUUUUCAUCAGGGUUCUUUAAGCAGAUAUAUUGAUAUUCGUCAUUGGAGUCGCUGCUAGAAAUAGAUAUCCUUUGGUUUUAGAGGAUAAGAUGUCCUCUCAGAACCCAUUCAUACGCAGAGAAACGGCAACACUGGAGACAUUUUUUUUUAAUUAAAAUCAGCUCAUGGAUUAGUCAAAAGACUAUCAGACAUCUUUAUUAUUAGCUAAUAAUUUCUUUGCAUCAGAGGGGCCCCACAUUUCCACGUCUGACGUUGUUGAGUUAGUAUUUUAUACAGUUUUGAAUCAUUACACAACGUUUCAGACGCUGCAACUUUCUGAAAGCAGCAUUACUUUAACAAAAGGUUUCACGGUGAAUACAUUUUAGGAUGUUGGCGUUUUCUGUUUUUGUGUUGGUGUAAUUACGUCACACGUCUGUGCCGGCGAUUGUUCUGCGAAAUCGACGGCCAGUUUUUUUUUUUUUACAAAUGGUGAUGAUCACUUCUGUUCCUUCAGUCUCUCACGAGCUUCAGGUUUCUUUUCAUUCGGCGAUCUCAUUGUUAACGCUGCGCCAAGUUGUCUGUCGGUGGAGUGACCUAGUUUUGUGAGCAUUGUUGCAUGUUAGUGUGUUUUUGAAUGAGCGUGCUGUAAUUUGUCGUGCUGUAAAUCUACUAUAGUUGUAACACACCCUUUGUUUUGCAUAGAGGAACAGCCUGUGUACUGCUUGUACUGUUUCAAUUUUGUCUGUAUCUUCUAUGAAAGAUUAUUCUGGGGGAAAAAAAAAAAGAAAAAGUCUAUUGAAAUCUACUGGUGUGAAGUAAAAGCAGAUGGGACACUUUAUUUUUGUAUUUCCUGGAGGUCAACAUGCAGUAUAUCCAUCACAGAAAUAAACCAUACAAUUUUCUGGA